GGUGAUAUAUACGAGAGCGUCGAGCGCGCGCGCGAACAUUAUUAGUGAACAAGUGACCCGCGAUUUGCCCACGCGCCUUACAGUUCGCGUUGUAAGUCUUGACUGUUGCGGACGCUACUGUCUUUACACGCAGCGACAAACAUAACAUUUCAUUGCGCCAGUGCCUUUAGUGAAUUUGUGCAGGAGAUAAUCUUGGCCGUGAAAAUGGAGGUGCUCAAUAGGGUAGUGGCGGCGUACAACGACCUGAUGGACAACAAGAGUGAUCAAAGGGUCAAAGACUGGUUCCUCAUGUCUUCACCCUUACCGACGCUUGCGAUUUGUCUCACAUAUGUGUUCAUAGUCAAAGUGGCAGGACCGAAGUUUAUGGAAAAUAGGAAACCGUACGAAUUAAAGUCUGUCCUUAUCUGGUACAACCUCUUCCAAGUUAUAUUCAGCUGUUGGUUGUUUAAUGAGAGUAUAGUAAGCGGUUGGUUCCAUUCAUACAGCUUCAGAUGCCAGCCCGUUGACUACUCCGACAAUCCUCUAGCAUUGCGGACUGCACGAGGAUGUUGGUGGUAUUAUUUCUCGAAGUUUACAGAGUUCUUCGACACGUUCUUCUUCGUGUUACGCAAGAAGUUUGAUCACGUGUCGAAACUGCACGUCAUCCACCACGGCAUCAUGCCCAUGUCCGUGUGGUUCGGAGUCAAGUUCACACCAGGCGGUCACUCUACGUUCUUUGGCAUGCUAAACACUUUCGUCCACAUUAUAAUGUACGCGUACUACAUGCUCGCAGCCCUCGGCCCGCAAGUGCAGAAAUUCCUUUGGUGGAAGAAAUACCUCACUGCUCUGCAAAUGAUUCAAUUCGUGUUGGUAUUCUUACACGCGUUCCAGCUGCUAUUCGUUGACUGUGACUACCCACGCGCGUUCGUUUGGUGGAUCGGCAUGCACGCCGUCCUCUUCUACUAUCUCUUCUCUGACUUCUACAAACAGGCAUACAUUAAGAAAUCAAAGAAAGAGAAAGCCAAAGUGAAGGUGGAAGCUGAUGGUAUCAAAGCAGAAACAAAGGAAACGAAAUUGUCACUGCUGAACGGGUUCAGCAACGGUUCGGCACUGAGCGACGUACGGCAAAGGAUGGCGGGGGCGGUGGCCUCCCAGUGAUCCCUCUUGCGACAUAGUGAAUUCGUAAGAAUAGUGGACAUCUAGUGACACUGUGUGUACCUAAGAGCAUUCAAUGACAUCUCAUAGAGUAAAGUACAAAACGGAUAGCUCCGAGCUAGCGCCAGAUCACAUCCGCAGUUUUCAAGGAAACAAAGCUCAAUUAUGUUUAAGUAAUUUAGUGAGGCACUUAUUGAUGCUUGUUGUAAUUUAUUGAAUCAUUGUGCCUUUUAGGUUUUUGUACCGGUUGAUUUAUAUUUAUGGUGGAUAUGGUAAGGCUAUGGUUGAGCCGAUGGUGGCCAUCCAUAAAUGUAAUAAGCUAAUUUAGUCGAUGAAAAAGCAUAGGUAUUUAUGGUGUUUUUUUUCCAGUCCCACUUAAGUAGUAGGACGUAAGAAGAAUUUAGUUUUAAGUUAGUUAAUACAUUGUGUUUGUGUGCGAAUGUAAGUGUCAUGAAAUCGUAGUUUAUAUAUUAUAAACAUAGCACAUACACUACCUCAUUAAUCGGACGAUUCAAAAAUAAUUAAAAUCGUCUGUUAUGAUUGUCACAAACUUGCCCACCACAGUCGAAACAGGUUAAACAUAAUUCAUAAAGACAAAUAGUAACCAAAAACAUGACAUUGUUUUGUUAGAACGAAUGAGUAAUAAUGCGCGCGUUAACAAUAUAUUUUAUAGCAGCGCAAUAUAGCGAACACUUAAAAGUGAUCAUAAUCACAUCUCGAUAUACUGAUAUUUAUGAUUAAUAUAUCUCGAAGUAUUUCAUUUUGUUAUUGAAAUUGAUAUUAACUAAACCAACUUGAUCUUUAUUCCUUCGAAUUGGAUUAUUUUAUAGUUUUAUUGCUUAGCCAGUCGUAAUUAUCAAGGACGAACUAUAGCUUUAUUUGUUGUACCUAUCUCAAAACUUAAUAAUAUACGCAUACAUUUGUAAUAUUAUGUUUUUUGUAAGUAAGAUGUUGAUAUUAAAGACGUCUAUAAUAACUCAUGUGUCAAAGAAGUUUUUGAGCUCCUCGCACCAGAAAUUAUAUAAUUAUAAAUAAAGAAUUCAACUGCAUACUGUAUUAUGUCGGUCAUGCAGACAAAUCACUGAGGGGGGCUCUUAAUACUAAUGGUAAUAAAAUGCAAGAUAUUUAAAUAAGAAAUGAAAUUAAUGUAUGGCAGAGUUCAUGGAAGAGUGUUUAUGUUACAUAACGUCAAUUAUUUUUAGAAAUAUGUAUUUGUGGCUAGGUAUUUACAAAUAAGUCUAUAGCUCUACUUCGUGUUCGCCAUCUUGAGAGUUGCAAACAUCGUCCCGUCAAUUCCAGAUAUAACGAUUAGUAAGCAUAUUACCGCGCAUCAUAUAUAUUUUGGGUAAGUUUUGAAUAAUAUGACUAGACGAAAUAUAUGGAUGAAGUAUUUUCAAAACAUAUUUAUUAUAAAUUGUUGUGGUUUUAAAUAGCUGUACAAAAUAUUUUGCAUAUAUAGGGCCUUACUAAUAACCGCCAUAUUAGUCUGUCUUGCUUCCUCUUACGGCUAUUGUAAUUCAAGUUAGCAAGACAAAUGCUAUUCAAUAUAAUUAUUACCGAUUUGGAACAACGUUUAUUAGUAAGGCGGUAAAUGACUGAAUAAAUAAAAUUUCUGCAACAAUCCGUUAUUUCUUUAAAUCGCUUAAUUACUUGCAUGAGAAGUAAAUAAUACUCAUGGAAUAAUAGCGAGUAUACCCAUCAACCUUUGUUUAUUCGAACUAUUUAGCAACAUCAUAAUUAUUUAUUUUCAUAAUUUUUACACAAUACAAAUGUAGUACGGUUGGUUUUUUAUGAGUUCAUUCAGUUUUAGUUGCAUAAUACAUAUUACGUAUGUUCUUUGUUGCCGGCCUUAUUAAAAUAUUUGGUAUGCAGCGAAAAACUUGUAAUUCUUGUAUUUUUAUUGCACUCCAUUUUAAUAUGACCACAAUAAUUAUAUAUUGGUAUCAAUAUUUACCGGCUAUAAUUAUUACAACAUAAGCAAAUGAGUUCAAAAUUUAGUAAUUUGACCGGUCUCUAUUCAAAUUUCGCGAUAAAUGUAUGUAUACCAGAAUAAUGAUAAAUACUAAAAUAUUUCUAUGGCGUGUAACAUUAUAUAGAAUUAGUAUUAAUAAAUGGCUCCGAUAUAAAUUUCCGGAUUCGUGGAAUAUUCGAUUAGCAAAAUAUUAAGGGUAUAAGAAAAUUGUUUCCUCGUCAUAUUUCUAUAUACUAGAAAUUUGUGCCGUCAUAAACUUAUUUAUAAAGAAUGUAAUCAACAUUAAAACCCACAUAAUUAUUUCAACACAUUUUGUUUAUUUAGUGCAUUAAAUCUGUAUUUACUACUUAAUAACCGAGAAGUAGUACUUACUUAUAAUUAUUAAAUAAAUUAUCUAUUUUAUUAUCUUAAAUGAUGCAAUUAGGUAAUUAUUAUUAAUAGCCGGUAAAACAAUGUUAUCUUGAUAUUUAUAACCUACUCUGACCUUUGGAAGCAAGAAAUAUCUUUUUGGUACUGUAUUUAUAUACAUUGACUGUAAUAUAUAUAUAUAUUAGCGCACUUAUUCUCUAACUAUUUUGGUUGAUUUCGCAUUGUAGCGAUUUCAAUGAACGUCGCCUAGUACCUAAAUGAGUUCUAAGAAAUAACAUGUAGUGAGGUAUUACGGUUAAGAUCUACUUAAAAAUGUCGCAUUAUGUGUUUGUGUGUUGUGUCCAAUUUUUUAUUUGUAAAUAUAACGACAUAGGAAUGUAAUACGACAUCCACAUGAUAUUUUGUGAUACUUAUCUUAAUAAAAAAUAUAUAAUUAGA